GGCCCAUAGUAUAUUGUCAGUCAGAGCAGGUAGAGUACGUGCAGAUGCAGGCGUGUGUGCGCCCCAUGUCGUUCCUCAGGCACCCAGUGCUGCGCUCUUGCCGGGCCCUCCGGGCUCAGCUCCCUGUCCGGGCUCUCCAUGGCUCCUCCGCACCGGCGGCCAGGGGCCGAGCCUCCCUCUUAGCAGCCGCCGGAGCUGCCCUUGUGGCCGGGCUGACAGCCGGUUACAGCCACCUACAGAGAGCGGAGCUGGCAGCCCGGAUCCCCAGCCCGGGCGAUGAGAUGGAGCAGCUCUGCGCUGACUUUAUGGCUCUGCCCGUCACCCCAAUGGAGCAGCUGCGGGAGCACCGGGACGAUAUGAAGAGCCGAAUGGAGCUGAUGAUCAUGGGCACCCAGGCCGAGGUGUGUCGGGCUCUGGCACAGGCAGAUGGGGCUGCCUCCUUCACUGUGGAUCGCUGGCAAAGGGCGGAAGGCGGCGGGGGCAUUAGCUGCGUUCUGCAAGACGGCAAGGUCUUCGAGAAAGCUGGCGUCAAUGUGUCCGUCGUUCACGGUUACCUGUCGGAGGAGUCCAUACGGCAAAUGAAGAGCAGGGGGAAGUCCCUAAAAACAAAAGACGGGAAGCUGCCCUUCUGUGCCAUGGGGGUCAGCUCUGUUAUCCACCCGAAGAACCCCCACGUUCCUACCAUCCACUUCAACUACAGAUACUUUGAGAUCGAGGAGGCAGACGGAAACAGGCAGUGGUGGUUUGGAGGGGGAACAGACCUCACCCCUACGUAUCUGGACCAGGAGGAUGUCGUCCAUUUUCACCAGACGCUGAAGGAUGCGUGCGAUAAGCACAGCCCUACAUUUUAUCCGAAGUAUAAAAAAUGGUGUGAUGAUUACUUCUUCAUCAACCACCGCGGGGAGAGCAGAGGGGUUGGCGGCAUCUUCUUCGAUGACCUGGACUUCGCCUCUAAGGAAGAGCUCUUUGCGUUUGUGGAGAGCUGCGCUAAGGCAGUUGUGCCCUGUUACCUCCCCAUAGUGGAAAAGCACAAGAACGACUCCUUCACCCCAGAGGAAAAGCUGUGGCAGCAGCUGAGAAGAGGACGGUAUGUGGAGUUUAACCUUGUUUAUGACCGGGGUACAAAGUUUGGCCUUGCGACACCAGGAUCCAGAAUCGAGAGCAUUCUCAUGUCCCUGCCGCUGACUGCAAGGUGGGAGUAUAAUCAUAUACCCCCCGAAGAUUCCAAGGAAGGGGAAAUCCUGAAGGUUCUGCGUAAACCCCGGGACUGGGUGCACUAAUGGCCUAGGAUGGGAGGCUCGGCGAAUGGGUUCCCAGCUCCCUGCCAGGAUCGCCAGCCAAUGAAUGAUGUGCCUUGUUUGCUUUUAACCCUGCUGCUGCUGGACAGAGAACACUACAGUCUUCUAAAUGCUGGCAGUUGUUCUGUCCUGUAUUGAGUUUAUGUGUCGGCCAUGCUGCACCCCCGCAUGGAAGUCCCUCUGUCUGGAAAUCUUUCUCUGGUUUGCACUGCUGGUUUGUUGGGAAUCUCAUUGUACUUUGGGAGAAAAAUGUAGAUCAGGUUGAGUCCCACCUUUUAAUGGGCAGUUUUGUUGAACUAGAGCUGAGCUAUACGUGUGCACUCACUCCUUUGGGCGGGGGUGGUUUAGCUGCCUCUUAAAUUAAAUUAGCUCAUUGCUGCUUGACUUCUGAUAUAAUUGGAGGAAAAGGUGUUUAACACAGAAACUAAAUGGGAUAACCCUGUGGGAAAUGCAAUACGGGGUGCUUUUCCUUCCACAAUUUAUAUGAGAGGGGUCUAUAUACACCCCUUUUAAAGGAAAACUAUACCCACAGAAUGAAUACUUAUCCAACUGAUAGUUUAUAUUAUGUUGUGACCUAUUAAAGAAUCUUACCAAAUUGGAAUAUAUAUAUAUAUAUAUAUAUAUAUAUAUAUCAGUAAAUAUUGCCCUUUUACAUCCUUUCCCUUGAGCCGCCAUUUAGUGAUGGGCUGUGUGCUCCCUCGGAGAUCAGCUGACAGGAAAUAAUGCAGCUCUAACUGUAACAGGAAGUAGUGUGGGAGCAAAAGGCAGAACUCUGCCCAUUCAUUGGCUGAUGGGGCCUAGCAUGUAUGUGUGCCUUGGCUUGUUUGUGUGCAUUGUGACUCCUAUGAUCCCAGGUGGCGGCCCCUAAUUCUUAAAAUGUCAAUUAGCCAAUGGCACAUACUACUAAAAAAAAAAAAACGAUAUUUUUAUGAAAAUGGUUUAUUUAGAUGAAACAGGGUUUUACAUAUGAGCUUGUUUAUGCAAUAUAUUUUUUUAGAGACCUAUGUUGUUUGAGGGUAUAGUUUUCCUUUAAAUGCUCAUCUUCCUGUGGUACUGACCCACAAACAUUUGGUCCCCACUCAGGAAAGUUUAGGGGGCUUUGUUUUCCCAGGGAGUUCAUCUGUAAAUCAUGUUUUUUCAUAUAUAGAUAUUUCAUAUCUUUAGCUGUGAAGCUGCCAAUAGAACAAUUUUAUACUUUUAUAUUUAUUGCAGACUCUCAUGAAAACAAAGUACAUUUUGACAAUAAAAAUAUAUUUGACGAAAGA